AUGGCAUCAGGAGUUACCAUAAACCCCGAAUGUAUCGAAGCAUUCGAAAAGCUACGGCUUGGAAAGGGUGCCGGCAGAACAAAGUACAUCAUCUUCAAGAUCUCGGACAACAAGAAGGAGGUUGUGGUCGACGAAGUCUCCACCAACGAUGACUACGAGGUUUUCCGUGAAAAACUAGCCAACUGCAAGGACUCAAUGGGACGACCUGCCCCAAGAUAUGCCGCAUACGAUGUUGAGUUCCAGCUCGAGGCUGGCGAGGGAUGGCGACAGAAGAUUGUCUUCAUCUCCUGGGUUCCGGCUGAGACUCCUGUCCUGUGGUCCAUGAUCUAUGCCACCACCCGACAGACACUCAAGGAGACCCUCCACCCACACGUCAGUAUCCAGGCUGACGACCCUUCCGAAAUCGAAUGGAACCAUGUUUUGGCCGAGGCUGGCGGCAAGAACGCUACUUCCAAGUAG